CUCCUCUAUCUGUGCGCAUCAGCCAGUCUCUGGCCGGAUCCCUCCACCAUGCAUGGAGGGAAGAGGGGGCUGGUCGCUCCGCAGAACACCUUCCUGGAAAACAUCGUCCGGCGUUCCAGCGAAACCAGUUUUCUGUUGGGGAACGCACAGAUCCUUGACUGGCCGGUUGUAUACAGCAACGAUGGAUUCUGCAAGCUGUCCGGCUACCACAGAGCGGAGGUCAUGCACAAGAGCAGCACAUGCAAUUUCAUGUAUGGUGACCUGACCGACAAAAAGACUAUAGACAAAAUCAGACAAACCUUUGACAACCUUGAGUCUAAUUUUCAUGAGGUGCUUCUAUAUGCAAAGAACAGAACACCAAUAUGGCUUUACAUGCAGAUCGCCCCGAUCAGGAAUGAAAACGACAAAGUGGUGCUUUUCCUCUGCACCUUCAGAGACAUUACACUUUUUAAACAGCCCAUAGAAGAUGAUUCAGCCAGAGGCUGGGCGAAAUUUGCCAGGCUCACAAGGGCACUGACCAACAAUCGUAACCUGGUGCAGCAGUUAGCUCCUCUGAACAAUCCUGAGGUCAACCACAAGCCUUCCCGACUGGCUGAGGCUCUCCAGCUGGGAUCGGACAUCCUCCCUACAUAUAAGCAAGAGGCUCCUAAGACCCCUCCACACAUCAUCCUCCACUACUGCACCUUCAAGACCACAUGGGACUGGGUCAUCCUCAUCCUCACUUUCUACACUGCUAUCAUGGUUCCCUACAAUGUUUCCUUCAGAACCAAGCACAACAACCUGGCCUGGCUGGUGGUGGACAGUGUGGUCGACGUCAUCUUCCUUGUUGACAUUGUCCUAAACUUUCACACAACCUUCGUGGGGCCGGCUGGAGAGAUCAUCUCAGACGCAAAGCUGAUUCGGAUGAAUUACCUGAAGACGUGGUUCGUCAUUGAUCUGUUGUCCUGCCUGCCCUACGACAUCAUCAAUGCCUUCGAAAAUGUGGAUGAGGACGUCACCCCACCUGCCUACCCAGCAAGUCAUCUCCGUGACUUUUCAAAUUUCCACAGAAAUUUCACACGGACAGAAGACUCCGUACUUCCAGGUCUCAGCAGCCUGUUCAGCUCCCUGAAGGUGAUCCGCCUGCUGCGCCUUGGUCGGGUCGCCAGGAAGCUUGACCACUACUUGGAGUACGGAGCAGCCGUCCUGGUCCUCCUGGUGUGUGUCUUUGGUCUGGUGGCCCACUGGCUCGCCUGCAUCUGGUACAGCAUUGGGGAUUAUGAGGUCAUUGACGAGACCACCAACAGCAUCAAGACAGACAGUUGGCUCUACCAGCUCGCCCUCAGCAUCGGAAAGCCGUACCGGUAUAACGCCAGUGGGACAGGCCGGUGGGAAGGCGGCCCUAGCAAAGACACCCUGUAUGUUUCUUCUCUCUAUUUCACCAUGACGAGUCUCACCACCAUUGGAUUUGGCAACAUUGCUCCAACAACAGACGGAGAGAAGAUUUUCUCUGUCGCUAUGAUGAUGGUGGGCUCGCUGCUGUAUGCCACCAUCUUUGGAAACGUCACCACCAUCUUCCAGCAGAUGUACACCAACACAAACCGAUACCACGAGAUGCUCAACAACGUGCGCGACUUCCUCAAGCUGUAUCAGGUUCCCAAAGGUCUGAGCGAGCGGGUCAUGGACUUCAUCGUCUCCACUUGGGCCAUGUCUAGAGGAAUCGACACAGACAAGGUUCUCUCCAUCUGUCCCAAGGACAUGCGUGCAGACAUCUGCGUGCACCUCAACAGGCAGGUGUUCAACGACCAUCCAGCGUUUCGUCUGGCGAGCGACGGCUGUUUACGCUCCCUAGCUGUGGAGUUCCAGACCACGCACUGCGCGCCUGGAGACCUCAUCUUCCACAUUGGGGAAAGCGUAGAUACCCUCUGCUUUGUUGUGUCCGGCUCACUCGAAGUCAUCCAAGAUGAUGAGGUCAUCGCAAUACUCGGUAAAGGGGAUGUAUUCGGAGAUGUCUUCUGGAAGGAGACCACGCUUGCUCGAGCCUGUGCAAACGUGCGAGCGCUGACCUACUGUGACCUGCACGUCAUCAGGAGAGAAGCUCUGAUGAGGGUGCUGGAGUUCUACACUGCAUUCGCCAACUCCUUCUCGCGUAACCUCAUCCUGACCUGUAAUCUACGGAAACGGGUAAUCUUCAGAAAGAUUGCUGAUGUGAAGAGAGAGCAGGAGCGGCAGAGGAGUGAGGUUUCUCUCUCCAUUCCUGAUGAUCACCCUGUUCGCAAGUUGUUCCAGAGGUUCAGGCAGCAGCGAGACUCUCAAACCCCAAAUGAAACGCAAACUUACUCAGAACAAAACUGUGUCCAGAUGGAGCCACGGCAUAGCCACCAAGCUGACUCCACCUCCUUCAAUCAGGAGAAGAAAGUCAGCACCAAUUCCUGCAUGGAAGCGGGAAAUAAAAGCAGAAGAAGCAGCAUUGCUGCUUCUCUGCAAGAGUGCAAUGACUCUGGAAAGUCAGAGCAGGGAUGUACCCAAGUAACCGUGGAGUUGAUGCCGAGUCAGAGGAGCUUAAAAGCUACUGAGAGUAGUGGUACAGUUGCUGGUGGAGGCAGCAGAGGUGGGCGAGGGUGGGCGAGGUUUAAAAGCACUGUAUCUUCCGAACCAGUGCUUCCUGUUGUUCAGAAGGAAAAUGAAAUAGAGAAAGCAGAGCGGCCGACAGCACCACAGGCCUCAGGAGAGCAGGCAGCAUCCAAAAAGAACCUGGAAUCAGAGGACAGUGGGCAGCCGGUGAGCACAGAGGGGGGCAAUGCAGCAGCAGAGGAAGUAAGCAUCCUGCACAAAACCGACUCCUGCGACAGUGGCAUCACAAAAAGUGACCUGCGCAUCGACCGAGCCGGAGACUCCAGGAGCUCCUUUGAGCGAAGCCCCAUGGAAAAGAGCCCUCUGGACAGGAGUCCGUUCGAGCACGGCCUGGGGGUUUACACAGAGGUAUCCCUGAGGCACUCCUUCCUCCAGCCGGUGACUGAACAAUCCCUGCUCCAGACAGCGCUGCACGACGCCAAACUGGAGCUCAAAGGGGACAUCAGGAAACUGAGUAGCCGGCUCUCACUCCUAGAAUCACAGGUUAGUGAAGUCCUCAGAUUAUUGUCAUCUAAAAGGAGACUUUCGCUGCCUCCAGCUUCUUCAAAGGCGAGGAUAAAAAGUCAUGACAUGGUCAUGGCUUCAAGAGUCGUAGCACCCAAAGCAGAAGAGGAAUUUUUGUGACCUCAUUCAAAACUGUAUAUUUAGAACCACAAUCUGCAUGUCCUGCUGGACUAGAAGACUUUUGAUCACUAAAAACUUGACUGCAUGUUUAUACUACUUCAUGUAACCUAUGCAU